GUAGUUGCCAAAAAAAAACAAAAAAGGACAGUUCUUUACGGAUUCUCUAUCAGGGUUGUAAGGUUGUUAGUACUUAGUAGAGGGAAAAUGCGGAAGGUGGGCAAUUUAGUACGGAAGGGAUGCAAAGCUGUUCAGGAUCUGAACUUGGUCAAGCUCCUCCAGUCUGAAAUUCAACAUGAGCUUUCCUCUAACUAUUAUCCGACAAGCAGAAGCAGUUCAUUGGGAGAUUUUGUGGUGGAAUGGGAUUCACCGCAGUCCAAAGAUGUGGUUUUGAGGAGAAAAUUGGAGUCUGGAGAAGAGGUUGCUGUUUCAGCUAUGUUGGGUCCCUUUUCGGAUACCACUGACAGAGAGGAGUAUUUGUAUCCAAGGGAUGUUGUGAUGAAGGUAUGCGUGAAGAAGCCUGGGUUGAGCUCUAUACUGCAGUUUGACUGUGAGAUUUUUGAGCAAGACGGUAUUGGUUCUUCGUUUGCAAUCUGGGAAUUCUAUUAUAUUCAAUCACCAGCGCGAACUGGCCCUUCGGUCUAUAGGGGUCCCUCAUUCAGGAAACGCUGGAAAUACCUCUUUUGGUUGCUAUUAGAGUACCCUGCAGUUCUGAAGAGAAGUAGAAAGCCAAAAGUAAGAGGAGUCUGGCAGAAUUACAGUUAGCCCAUGUUUAUGGCAGGAAAUGCUGGAAAUACCUCUUUUGGUUGCUAUUAGAGUACCCUGCAGUUCUGAAGAGAAGUAGAAAGCCAAAAGUAAGAAGAGUCUAGCAGAAUUAUAGUUAGCCCAUCUAUCUAUAAGCAGAUAUAUUCCCAAUAAUCCCUUAUAAAAUCAAAUCUAUCCCUUGAAAUGAAUAUAAUGUUAAUUAUGUUUCUGAUAGGAAACAGACAUCUGUUUCAUAUAGAGAAUGCAUGGAACGCUGGAUAAGAAAUCCAGUAACCUAAGAAAAUGAGCUAAAAGCAAAAACAAAGACCCUAGACAGCAACUGCACUCAGUUUGAGAAAAUAGUAAAAGAAGACCAAUCCUAAAGACCCACAACUAAAUCCCAUAUAGAAGGCAUAUCAUCUCAGUCACUGAAAUAAGCCAAUAAAAAGAAACCCAAGAAGACAUUAAGAUAUGCUGCUACAGUUCUGCAAACAGUAUUCCACUGACUUUGUUAGUAGAGUUUUUCAUUUAGUUAUUUAUUUUAUAUCUUACAUGUUGGUAUAUCAGGCCCGGACUAAGGCAGCACCAGUGGUGUAGCUGCACCAGGCCUCUGAUCCGGGAGGCCUCCGAUCAGUAAAGCAUGUAUAUAUUUAUAUCUAAACAAACAUGUUAAUUAUACUAAACUGUGCUGUAGUUUGAUUGGUUAAGGCUCCUUGUUUCCACACUUUAGGUCUCUGGUUCAAACUCUAGCAACUCCUCUGUACGUUAUCUUCUCCUUUUUCAGUUUUUGCUCUUUUGAGAGAACAAAAAGUAAUUUUUUUGUAUUUAUCAAUUUGAUCAUAAUACGUUUUUUUUUUUUUUUGUUCAUUUAAGUCUGAAAUUAAUAAGGCAUCAAUUGAAAAUUUUCUUCUCCUUUUUCAAUUUUCGCUUCUUUGAGAAAAAAUUUUGGAUUUUUUUGUAUAAGGCCUCAAUUAUAAUUUUGCACCAGGCCUCUCAAAUCUCAGGAGUAGCCCUGAGUAUGAUUGAUGGUUUGUUAUUAGCUGCCAGUCCAUUCUAGAGACCCGCUGCAAACUAAAUUACGUUGGAGGCACAUGCUGAUGAUUUUGGGAGGACAUUUUGGCUAAACAUUAAACUUGGGAAGUGGUGGCUAAUAGAUAAAAGUUUGUGUUUACAAUGUCCAGUUGCAUUAGUUAUAUG